GUCGGUCUCUUCCUCUCUCUUUGCUAGUUUCUUCUGAGCGCCGUCGCAUCUUUCGCUUUAGUGAACUGGACACCUCCUCUGCUCGGCACAUAGGAGCUUUUGCCCCCCCCACCGUUGAAUUUCCCCUGUCAGAUCAUCCAGCAGCCAUGUCUGCGCCAGGCGGGGCCCCGAGCCCAGCUCCCCGAAGUGGAAGUAUGGGGCCCGGUCCAGGUGGGAUGUCGAUGCCUCCUCAACAACCCAUGACCAACACCGGCCCUGUGACGCCUGGCCCCCCUGCUCCGCCGCCGCCACCGCCGGGGGGUCCAAUGUCGCAGCAAAAUCUCAAUCAAAUAUAUCAUUGACUAUUUGGCCAAGAAAGGCUAUAGUCGCAC